AUGAAGGGCAUGGUUUCAGCCCUGCUGGCCGCGGGCAUUUCGGCCACCUUGCCUUCGAGUGCUCUCGGCAGUGUUGUUGUCACCCGCGACGCUGAUUUCCCUGAUCCCAUUGAUGGCUUCAUCGGUCCCAUUCCCUAUGGAAAUGCCACCAUCAAUGCUCCGCUGGACAAGGACGGCAAGGACACCUACAUAGGCUUCAAGUUCUUCCCUGAGGCCCACAUCCCUCACUUGUGCGCUGCUCACUGUGUGAGCGUCACCAACUAUCAUCGCAAGCACCCCAAACCUGAUGGCACCUACGACACUUGCAGAUUCUUCCUUGCCUACACCCUGUUUGAGAACGGAGUCCCCCAGGGUCUGUUCUGCUCGAUGUACACCCGCGAUUGGGAUCAGUCUUAUGCCACCAACCGCGGCGAGACUCGUGGUCCCUCGCAGAUGUCCAUGCAGGAUGGUUACGGUUAUAUCUUGGAUGACAACUACUACCGCACUUGCCGGACCACUGCCACGACCGUCAAGACCACCGUUGUCGCUCCCCCCACCACCACGGCAAAGCCCAACACCACUCACAAGCCGGAGACUCCUACCACUUACAAGCCUAACACCACUCACAAGCCCAACACCACUCACAAGCCGGAGACUCCUACCACUUACAAGCCUAACACCACUCACAAGCCGGAGACUCCUACCACUCACAAGCCUAACACCACUCACAAGCCGGAGACUCCUACCACUCACAAGCCUACCACCACUCACAAGCCGGAGACUCCUUCCACUCACAAGCCUACCACCACUCACAAGCCCAACACCACUCACAAGCCGGAGACUCCUACCACUUACAAGCCUAACACCACUCACAAGCCGGAGACUCCUACCACUCACAAGCCCAACACCACUCACAAGCCUAACACCACUCACAAGCCGGAGACUCCUACCACUCACAAGCCUACCACCACUCACAAGCCUACCACCACUCACAAGCCGGAGACUCCUACCACUCACAAGCCCAACACCACUCACAAGCCGGAGACUCCUACCACUCACAAGCCUACCACCACUCACAAGCCCAACACCACUCACAAGCCGGAGACUCCUACCACUUACAAGCCCAACACCACUCACAAGCCUACCACCACUCACAAGCCCAACACCACUCACAAGCCGGAGACUCCUACCACUUACAAGCCCAACACCACUCACAAGCCUACCACCACUCACAAGCCCAACACCACUCACAAGCCGGAGACUCCUACCACUUACAAGCCCAACACCACUCACAAGCCUACCACCACUCACAAGCCCAACACCACUCACAAGCCGGAGACUCCUACCACUUACAAGCCUAACACCACUCACAAGCCGGGGCCUCCUACCACUCACAAGCCCAACACCACUCACAAGCCGGAGACUCCUACCACUCACAAGCCCAACACCACUCACAAGCCCAACACCACUCACAAGCCUAACACCACUCACAAGCCGGAGACUCCUACCACUCACAAGCCUACCACCACUCACAAGCCCAACACCACUCACAAGCCGGAGACUCCUACCACUUACAAGCCUAACACCACUCACAAGCCGGAGACUCCUACCACUCACAAGCCCAACACCACUCACAAGCCUAACACCACUCACAAGCCGGAGACUCCUACCACUCACAAGCCUACCACCACUCACAAGCCCAACACCACUCACAAGCCCAACACCACUCACAAGCCUAACACCACUCACAAGCCGGAGACUCCUACCACUCACAAGCCUACCACCACUCACAAGCCCAACACCACUCACAAGCCCAACACCACUCACAAGCCGGAGACUCCUACCACUCACAAGCCUAACACCACUCACAAGCCGGGGCCUCCUACCACUCACAAGCCUAACACCACUCAUAAGCCGGGGCCUCUUACCACUCACAACUGGAAGCCUACAACUCACAAGCAUACCACCACUCACAACUGGAAGCCUACCACUACGGGCAAGCCCACGAUUACUCGGCUUACAAUCAGUCUUCAUCCCACCCCCACUCACAAGACAAAUAUUACCAACCCCCGCCCGGUUAUGACCACGCUCCGCACAACGACAACCAAGCUGCUAAUGACCACGACUAAGCGCACCACCACCAUCACUCGCAAGCCCACAGUCAUGACAUUCACCACCCGCCGCACCGUGGUUGGGACUGGUCGUGUGAUUGCCACGCCCAUUGCUGCCAUCGCCCUUGAUGACAGUGACUAA